GUUCUGAACGAGGCUUUCUUUGUUUGUGAAAUUCUGUAACAUUAUUGUUGUUUCGAUAAAGUUCUGGGGGGUAAAAAACACUCCGGUGGCGCAUUGGCUGUGACGUCACACGGGCACGUUCCAGUGUUUUGUUUGGCGCUUCCUCUCCCAAAGUAGCACUUCUUCACCUUUCUGCGUCCUUUAGUUCCCAACAGACAACAAACAUGUCGGUUAGCGACAUGUUUACUCACAUCCAAGGCUCCCUGGGCGCAGACCAGGACGUGCGAGAGGAAAUCCGCAAAGUGGUCCAAGUCCUGGAGCAGACAGCCAGGGAGAUCCUGACAGUUUUGCAAAGUGUGCAUCAGCCAUCUGGAUUCAAGGAGAUUCCUGACAAGUGUACAAAGGCCAGGGAGUUGUUCUGCUUGGUGCGGACUCACAUUGCUGACUUGAAGACCAAGUUUCCAGUGGACCAGUACUACAGGUUUCAUGAACACUGGCGCUUCAUCCUGCAGCGUUUGGCCUUCCUGGCGGCCUUCACAGUCUACCUGGAGACUGAAACCCUCGUCACUCGUGAGGAAGUGGCUCACAUUCUGGACAUUGAGGUUGUGCGAGACAAAGGCUUCCACCUUGACGUGGAGGACUACCUGGCAGGGGUGCUGAUCAUGGCCAGUGAACUAUCGCGUUUGGCCGUCAACAGCGUGACAGCGGGCGACUACACCCGCCCGCUGCGCAUCUCCAGCUUCAUCAAUGAGCUGGACUCCGGCUUCCGCCUCCUCAACCUGAAGAACGACCCCCUUCGCAAACGCUACGACGGGCUGAAAUACGACGUGAAAAAGAUCGAGGAGGUGGUCUACGACUUGUCCAUCCGAGGCCUGGCCAAGGAGCCCGAGGGAGAGAAGUAAGUGCCAUCGGAUCAAAGGACACUACUCCAGGUUCUGAACGAGGGCCCAAAGACAGACCGGGUGUUAAUCCUUGCUCUAGUUCAGGGGUGUCUAAGAAAAACCCAAUAAA